UGUAACAGAUUCAAGGUGUAAAAUCUUUGUGUAAGCAAGCUAUUAGCAUGAGAUCUCGGUUAUUGCCAUUUUCCCCAUCAGUCUUGGGAACUAUAUUAGUUAGCUCCCUUCCAUCAUUCCUCAGCUAAAAUAAUUCAAUACUUCCAAGCAUCUUUUCCUUUGAGUUUAAGUUUAAACCAGCUGAUAAUACACCAAUACUGCAAACCCUCUCAGUCUCAACACUUCUGUCAUAAUGACUGUUCGCAGUGCUUCCAACGGUGUUGCCGGGGACAUCUCAAGCAUUUCUCCUCAUGUGACGAAAGUCACGGGGCUUAUAUCCAAUUCAAAACACAAUCCAAACUUUAACAUCAUCGAUAUUCGCCAUGAUGGUGCCGAAAUUGAGUUGAAGGAUGAAAUUCUAGCAUCUUUGAGGCCAAAAAGUGGUCUCAAGAGUCUGCCAACCCUGCUCCUAUACAAUGAGCGGGGUUUACAGAUCUACGAAGAGGUUGUUGUUUAUUCACUUUGAUCCAGUCAAUCAUGUUAACCUAGAUACAGAUCACUUAUUUGUCUGAAUAUUACCUUACAAAUGCAGAGAUUGAUGUCCUUGAACGUUCCGCCGAAAGCAUUGCAUCAAACAUACCUUCAAAUUCUAUGGUUGUUGAGCUGGGAAGCGGGUUUGUAUUUUCUGUUAGGUCUAUGUCUUGGGGCUUGCAGGACUAACAAUGAACAGUAAUUUACGCAAGGUGAGUAUAUUGCUACGAGCUUUAGAUGCGGCCGGCAAGUCUGUCGACUACUUUGCACUUGAUUUGUCAUUGAAGGAGUUGGAGAGAACUCUAGAACAGGUCCCGGAAUUCAAAUACGUGAAAUGCCAUGGGCUUCUUGGUACAUAUGACGAUGGUCUCGCAUGGCUGAAACUUCCAGAAAACUCUUCUAGGCCGAAAUGUGUUUUGUCGAUGGGGUCAAGCAUUGGUUUGUCUUUAGAACUUUUAAUACCAGGCAAUCAACUUACCUCGUGCAGGCAACUUUCAAAGACAGGAUGCAUCAUCAUUUUUGAAGAGUUUUGCGGAAGUUUUGAGCCCCUCGGACAUGUUUCUCAUUGCCAUCGAUGCGACAAGUAACCCGGAAAAAAUCUAGUAAGUACUAAUACAAUAUUGUUUGGACUGCUUCUGACUAAUUAUGCUGUAGCCAUGCUUACAAUGGUUUGUCGAUUCAAUCUCAAAUCUCAUUUCCUGACGCUAACCUUGACAACAAGAUGAGAAAGGAGUUACCCACAGGUAUUUACUCACAAACAUUAAUAACCGACUGCAGGGCACUUACUGAUUCUCAACGAAGAUUCAUCCUGAACGGUCUAGUCCAGGCGAAUGAAAUCCUUGGAGAGAAUGUAUUUGAUAUUGCAGAUUGGACGGUAAUUGGAGAGUAUGUGUAUGACACUCAAGGAGGCCGUCACCAAGCGUUCUAUUCUCCAUCCCGCGAUAUCACCAUUAGGGAUGUUCUUGUAAAAGCUGGGGAGCGUGUGAAGAUAGAAGUCAGUUUGAAAUAUUCAUCGGAGGAAACAGCCAAACUAUUGAAGAACGCCGGAAUGAGAGAGGCCCAAAAGUGGUCAGCCUCUACCGAUGAUUACAGUAAGUAUUGCAGUGAUUUAUUUUUUCUCGGUUUCGGUUUGAAUCGGCAAUUGCACAUGUGAGUAUUCAGCUUCAGUGGUCGGUGUAUAUGGUCUUAUGAUCACAUAAACCAUUGGCGUGGGGGUCAACUGCCAAUCGUGGUUUUGUGGCGCAUGCUUAUUGACUUGCUAUUUUGGAACUGACAUUAACAUGCCAUGUCAUUUUUCAAACCUGCUUCUGUCAUUGGAAAACCUUGCUCACAUUCCAUUGGGCGCUUUACUGACUUCUUUCGAGAUAUUCACCUUCUAAAGAAAGAGACAAUGGCAUUCGAUCCGAAUCCAAGAGUCUAUGCCUCAUCUACAUCCCCGACUCUUGAGGACUGGAAAGGGUUGUGGUCAGUAUGGGAUACUGUCACCAGGAAAAUGAUACCAAACGAAGAAUUGGUUGAGCAGCCAAUCAAACUUAGAAAUGCUUGCAUAUUUUACUUGGGUCAUGUCCCGACAUUCCUUGACAUCCAACUAAAUAAGGUCACCAACGAGCCGCUUUGCGAGCCUUCUUCUUACCCGAAGAUAUUUGAAAGAGGAAUAGAUCCGGAUGUCGAUAAUCCUGAGCAAUGCCAUGCCCAUUCCGAAAUUCCGGAUGAGUGGCCACCACUUGAAGAGAUUUUAUCGUAUCAGAAGAAGGUGAGAGAAAAGGUUGCAAAGUAUUAUGCAAGCCAAGAGAUUCCCAGAAAUGUCGGCCGUGCACUCUGGUUGGGGUUUGAGCAUGAAGCUAUGCAUUUGGAGACCCUCUUGUACAUGUUACUACAAAGUGACAAGACUAUUCCGCCUACUGGUGCUAUGCCAGACUUCAAAGGAGAAGCGGAGCGAGCCGAGGCAUCUCAAGUGCCAAAUGAGUGGUUUAAACUUCCAGAGCAGGAAAUUGUCAUCGGAUUAGACGAUCCAGAGGAUAAUUCUGGACCAGACAAUCAUUUCGGGUGGUAUGUUAGACACUCAUUCAACAACAGAGUAAAUUUAACGCUACUCAGGGAUAACGAAAAGCCUUCGCGAAAAGUCGUGGUUCAAUCAUUUGAAGCCAAAGGACGACCAAUUACUAAUGAAGAGGUGAGAAGCAUAUGAGACUUCAUGAGACUUUCGGCUAAAGAGCAGUAGUACGCUCGCUAUCUAGAACAAACACAUGGGACCAAGAUUCCAGCUUCAUGGGCCCAACUCCAAAAUUCCAAUGGCUACAGUAAUGGAAAUUCAAAUGGGUGUAGUAAUGGAAGUAUUGGCGGGCCAAACCCGCCUCCGCUAACCAAGGCAUAUCUAGCAGGUAAAGCUGUUCGAACGGUCUAUGGUCUAGUACCGCUUGAGUAUGCCUUAAAUUGGCCAGUCUUUGCUUCAUAUGAUGAGCUUUAUGGAUGUGCAAGCUGGCUGGGUGGACGAAUCCCCACUGUUGACGAGGUUCGGAGCAUUUACAGUCACGUCGACGGCUUGAAUGUCAAGAAAGCAGAGAGACAUUUGGGCAAGACAGUCCCAGCUGUCAAUGGGUAUGUUUUGCGGUGAUAAUGCCGUGACCCUGAAACAAAUACUAAUUGUUAAAACAGGCAUCUUAUUAAUGAGGGCGUGGAAGAGACACCGCCAUCGCGGACUUCUCGGGUUGGUGGAAGCUCUCAAGAGCUUUUCACCGAACUUGAGGGUGCCAAUGUGGGAUUCAAGAAUUGGCAUCCAAUCUCCGUUACUGCUGGAGGUAAUAAACUUGCAGGGCGUGCUGAGAUGGGUGGAGUUUGGGAAUGGACUAGCUCUAUUCUCAGCAAACAUGAAGGUUUUGAGCCAAUGCCUUUAUAUCCUGGCUAUACUGGUACGUCUCUCACUCAAUACAAUAGAGAUGAAAUUUGUCAGGAAUCUAACAUUACUAGCUGAUUUCUUUGAUGGAAAACACAACGUUGUACUCGGAGGAUCUUGGGCAACUCAUCCUCGUAUUGCUGGAAGGAAGACAUUGUGAGCAAAGUCAGAUUAACUCGUCCUUCGUCUUUAAUACUAAUUGAUUCAUCUAGCGUCAAUUGGUACCAGCGUAAUUAUCCAUACACAUGGGCAGGUGCACGCCUAGUUCGUGAUCUGUAGGCUGGCUGCAUACUUUGAAUAUGGCGGUAAAGCUUCCCUCAUCAUUCAACAGGGGAGGAAGCACGCCACUAUCACUCGAGCGAAUCAACUUCGUCUUGGUGAGACCACAACGUAGUAGGGUGAAGGGCGAUAUUGGUUGGAUAAAUGUGCAAUUGAAUUUUCGCUUUGCUUCGUUUUCUUUUUUUCCCCCGAAGGGUUCGUUUUCUGGGAUUACUCAGGUGAAGGGGGUUAAAAGGGAGGAUUUGGAUAUGAGUUUGAAUAAGGAUAUGAAUCUGGGUAUGGGUAUGGGAACUGGACCUGGAUAUGUGAUGCGAAGGAUAUCAAAUUGGAAAGGGCUUUAUGGUCAGUUUUUAAUGCGACUAGCAGUUCGUUAUUGGAUUAUUCUGUGAGUAAUGAUAAGUUAAGAUGAAUUUUCUAAAAUUAUUUCAAAAACACAUUCACUCCAUGUUGUUUGUAUUGAAUUCUAAAGCAUGUACUUCCAGGUUAGCAGAUGAGUGAGGUGCAC